ACAAAUCUUGUGGCAAAAAUUAGAGGGGCAAGAUCAUCCAAAAAAAAUAAGAAGCGAAAAGCAACGGAAAGAAGUGAAACCCUUGAGAAGGAAAACCUCUAAAAUCAAAGUCUCGCCAGAAAUCUACAGGGAAAUUAGAAUACACAAUGUCGAAACGCAAUGUCUCUAAUUCUGGAUCAGAAGAAAGUGAAAGUGAAGAGAAGUUAAGCGAAGAAGAAGAAGAAGAAGAAGAAGAAGUAAACCCCAAGCAAAAACAGCAGGGUAUAUCAGAAUACGAGAAGCAGAGAUUAUCGAGAAUUGCAGAGAACAAAGCUAGAAUGGAGGCUCUGGGUCUGUCCAAAAUGGCUUCUUCUUUGAUGGGUUCGUCGCGAAAUUCAAGUCCGUAUUCGAGUAAGCUUAAAGGGAAACGCAAGGUUGUUGAGGAUGAUGAAGAUUACAGGCCCAAUGAUGAGGAUGACAAUGAUGACGAUGACGACGAUGACAAUGAUGAUAAACUUGAUGGUGAUGAUGAUGAGGACUUUACGGGUAAUAAAACGCCUCAGUCUCUGUAUCGUAAAAACAAGGUGAAAAAUAAAGUCUCAAAACCCAAGAAGAAAGCUCAUGUUCAAAAACAUUUGAGUAGUUCGGAUUACGUUGAUGAUGAUGAUGAAUUAAUGAAGGCAAUUGCUCUGUCUCUGCAAGAUUAUGGAGAAGUUUCAGGUGCUGUACGUAAUGAUGUGCAGCAUGCUACUUUGACCGAAAGAAAGGGGAAUGCUCAAUUGAAGAGGAAAAAAUCGUUCACCAGCCGUGUGCAGAUGACUGAGGAUGAAAUGGUAGUGCAUUUCUUUCAGUUUGAUGAAGCUGGCAAAGGAAACAUUUCUAUGAGAGAUUUACGAAGAGUAGCUAUUGCACAUGAUUUUAUGUGGACGGAUAAGGAGUUGUCUGAUAUGAUUUAUUGCUUUGAUAGCGACGGCGAUGGGAAGCUAAAUCUUGAUGAUUUCCGGAAGAUUGUCAGCAGAUGCAACAUGUUACGAACAUCUGAAAACUCUUAAACGGAUUCCAAUGCUUAUUCCAUCAUAAGUUGUUCCUUUCUGAACGGUUAAGAAUGUUGUGAUCAAGAAUCACAUUAUAAAUUUCAAUACUCUCCUUUCUUUUAUUCUAUGAGUUAUUAGAUAAAUGCUUUCAUGUACAAAUGUAUGUUAUAAUUUGAUUAAAAAAAAAUGAAGACAAUGUUUAAAUGAGCCCCCAACUCAAA